AUGUCUUCACAGCAAUGGCGCCCUGGGAGGCGCGUUGCCAUCGCCGGAGGAGGACCGGGAGCUAUAUCCACCGGCAUUGCCUUUCUCCAACGUGGCUAUGAUGUGCGUAUCUUUGAACGCCAGGAUAGCUGCAAGGCCAUCGGUGGCGCGGUUCUUUUGUCUACGCCAGUCCUGGCUAUCCUUCGCUCCUACGGCAUAAACAUGGAAAACUUCGGUUCCUACACGGUCACUCAUUUCCAGAACAAGUGGGGAAUGGAGCGCGUCGAGCUCCCCUUUAAUCCAGAAGUAGAGAAACGCAUGGGUAUUAAGGGCUGGCAUUACGGAGUGCUGCGCUCUUCUGCCUUCAAGGCGAUGCUCGAGCUCGUCCCCGAGUCCGUCCUCUAUCCUCGUCAUGAGGUUACGGCGUAUACAGAACUUGAAGACGGCGUUGAGAUUGAAUUCAAAAAAGCCAACAAAAUCACGGCAGAUAUUCUCAUCGCGGCAGAUGGAAUUCGAUCCGUGGUAUCUCAACAGGCAUUCGGAGAUCCUGGACUCUUCCACACAGGGAUUCGGCUCUGGUUGGCCUGGUGUGAUCAUAUACCUGGAGUCCCAGAAAACCACGCCGUCAUAUCCCACGACUGGCAAUACCAGGCUAGUUUCUUCCCGAUGCUUCACGACGGCAAGCCUGGGUUUGAAUGGUGGGUGGUAGAGCCUUCGUGGGAAGGUAAACCGCUCCCGGAGGACCCCAAGGUGCAUCUCUCCACGAUCCUGGAGGAUUGGUCCCAGCCUCUGCCUCGUCUUCUCGAAGCUACGAACCUUGAAACGCAAGUCUAUCGCUGGGAGAUCUACAAUCGUCCGUCGAUGAAGACAUGGUCUUCCGGUCGGAUUGUGGGCGUUGGCGAUGCGGUUCAUCCGGUGUCGCCAUAUGCAGCAUAUGGCAUGGGCAUGGCGAUUGAGGAUGGUUACUACUUGGCGAAAUCACUGGACGGUGUCGAUCUACAUGACCCACGGGCAGUCGCCGCCGGUUUCGAGCUCUAUGAGAAGCAGCGGCUGGACUACGUGAAUCACAAUAUGGAAUUUGCGCGAUUCAUUGCCAGGAUAUUCCAUUCCCUCCCCUGGCCACUGGCCAAGGUUCGUGAUCUGAUCUUCGAUUACACUCCCUUUUUGAGCCACUUCAUGCAAAGGGGUUAUCUUGAGAAGUCCGAGGAAGAAACACUCGGCCUGAAGGAGCUUUAUGUCAACUGA